GGUUAGGCUUUCCAAGCUCUUGUAAAUCCUAAUUCAGCCGGGAGGGGAAAUCGUUUGAUUCUUCCUUUUUGUUCUUCGUUCUAGGGUUAACAGUUCGUACAUAUUGCGCUUUCACUUCUCUGGAUCCACACCAAUGGCCAAUCUCUACAGAUCCAGAGAAGGUCUAAGCGCGAGACCAGUAGCUAAUUCCGAUGAAAUUCAGUUGAGGAUCGACCCAGUGCAUGCCGACUUGGACGAAGAGAUCACGGGUCUCCACAAGAAAGUUACAAUGCUCAAAACAGUAGCUCAAGAGAUCGAGUCAGAAGCAAAAUUUCAGAAUGACUAUAUUUCUCAACUGCAAAUGACACUGAGCAAAACCCAAGCGGGAUUGAAGAAUAACAUGAAGAGGCUGAACAGGGCCAUGGCGCAGAAGGGUUCAAAUCAUGUUUUGCAUGUGAUAAUUUUUGGACUAGCUUGUUUCUCUGUGGUGUACCUAUGGUCCAAGCACUCACGAAGGUGAGGACCACCAAAUUAGUUUUUCUACAAUCCUACUUCCUCCAGAGUGUCGGUGGCUACUCCCAAGAGUUUUUGUAAACCUUCAAUCACACAUAUUAACUUUGAUUUAAACUUUAAAGUAAUGAAAGCUCGUCAUGAAGGGAUUUACGGAACUUUUUCAUCAAA